UAAGCCUGCAAAACGCGGUGCGGCUAUGCCUCGUGCGCGGCAGCUUCGACUGAGCUUUCAGUCGGACGUUCGGCCGCGUUGAAAGUUCACGAAGUUCGUUUGCUGGUUGUUUGAUUGCUCGUUCGCUUGCUCGCGCGCAUCUUGCCGCGUUACAUCGGAUCGUCGUCGUCGUCGUCGUCGUUGUCGUUGUCGUCGUCGUCGUCGUCGUCGUCGUCGUCGUCGUCGUCGUCGUCGUCGUCAUCGUCGUCGUCGUCGUCGUCGUCGUCGUCGUCGUCGUCGUCGUCAUCGUCGUCGUCGUCGUCGUCGUCGUCGUCGUCGUCGUCGUCGUCGUCGCCGUCGUCGUCGUCGUCGUCGUCGUCGUCGUCGUGGCCAGGCUACGUGGUGGUGGACCUACAGCAAGUGGGAAAAUGGCGACCGUGAUGCGAUAUAAAUGACUUUGGACGAAAACUCAAUCGUGUAAGCCUGGCGUGAUUCAUUUGAAACAUGGGGACCACGGAGUUCUCGGAAGACUAAAUCGGUUAUCGAAUAAGAUGAUUUCGGACGAAAAUAUUGCCCGUGUCUAGGACACUCGUUUGAUUUUUCAUGAAAACUCGUCCUUCCCUUAUAGAGAUGUUUCAAGAGAGUUGGAAGGAAAGGAGCCGAUAGACAUGACUGGUAUAAUCUGAUCAAUAUGGGAAAACUUGACAGUUUGGUCGCGUACUUGCUGGAGAACGAGUGACGGAUUUAGACUGGAAUUCGAUUGUCGACCAACAAUCGACUCGAGCUUGAGAAUGGAUAUCUGUAGAAUGGACUAAUGGUAUUAAAAGCUCGCAUGAGGUGUUCUUCAUUUCUUAGCUGAGUGACGAUUGCAUUGAUCGAUGCCUGCUUCGAUGGCUUGAUAAACUUUCGCAACUGUUAACGCGAUAAUGCAUUUGUACUUUGAAAGGAAUAACAAUGCCAAGUGCGAUUGUAACAUCUUGUCGCUCAGCUGGAUGGGCAAGGUGCCGGACGAGUCACCGGAGACUUUUAGACUACGAUGGAUUUUUAGACUAUGGAAACGUGAGCCUCUCAUGGUUCACUUCAUAGCAUCGUGCGGUCUCUUUGAUGCGGAUUACAAAUGGACGCGUUGCGCAAUACAACGGGUAGAAGGAAAGGCAGGCGCGCGAAUCUGUACCAUGGACACUGCUAUAGAGGGACGACGGAUGGAAACUGGACCGUACAAAUUACUACCAGGAAGGAUGGCUGGCCACUGGUAAUGCUCGUGGUCUGGUGGGAGUGACUUUUACUACAUCCCAUUGUCGAACGAGAGCCACAGAACUUCCGCUAAGGGCAAAUUACAACCUUCGAGGCCACCGUAGCGAGGCUAUGUAGAACGAACUGACCCAGAACUUGGUUCGGAUUAAAGAUUUUCACUUUUGGAAUACCGAAUCGCCGAGAGCAAAACUUUGCUAACUCGAUAGAAAAGAAAGGACUAAGAAAGGAAAAAAUACAAAAGAGAGUGAAUAAUACGAUUCAUUACCGUCGAUGUUUAGGUAAUACUAGUGAAAUGGAACGAGCCAUAUCAAAAGUUAGCCUCGUGUGAUAGUUCCGGCGUGAUCUUCGUGUGGAUCAAGUACGAGGGAAGAUGGAGCAUAGAACUGAUCAACGAUAGAAGCACCCCAGUUACUCAUUUCUCAUGGUCUCACGACGGACGAAUGGCUCUUAUAUGCUACAGGGAUGGUUUCGUGUUGGUUGGCAGCGUUGCUGGUCAAAGGUAUUGGUCAUCAAUGUUGAACGACAAAGCUACCAUCACCUGUGGUAUUUGGACGCCUGACGAUCAACAGGUAUAUUUCGGGACAACGGCUGGACAAUUAAUAGUAAUGGACGUGCACGGAGCAAUGGUGUCCGAAGUACAAUUGGCAGCGGGUGUCACCUCGAUGGCUUGGAGUGCCGAGAAGUUUACGAUGGAAGAAGGAGAUGACGAUUUAACGAAUGAUAGACCUCAUAAAGACGAUCGAAAUUACGUUCUGGCGGUUUGCCUGGCUGACGGGAGCAUCGUUAUGCUGCGUUCAUUCGACGACGUCUCGCCUAUCACGAUACGUACAAAGCUGAAAGCUCCCUUGCACGCGGAAUGGAGCAAUUCUAGAAAAUUGUUGGCAAUCGCGGGAACGAAGGAUACGGAUAACGGUCAGAAUAGCCCGCACGAAUACACGAAUCUCUUAAAGUUUUAUUCAGUGGCCGGUACCCUUGUGUACACCGCUGCGAUACCAUACACGCAGUGUGCAGUAUCGGCGCUCACAUGGGGUCAUAACGAUAGAAGACUUUUCGUUGCGACCGGGGCACGCGUUCACGCAGCAUGGGUGUCAAGACGAGUAGGUUCUCUGCAAUUGCUGUCUCGUUUAGCUGUAAGAGCGUCUUUGACAAGGGAAUCGAAUGUUCAGCAACUUCCAUUGCCACCGAGAUUAAGAGCAUCAGUGGCUGCUCUCUUCGCCAGCACAAUAAGAUGUUCCGUGCCAGAACCAAAGGAAUUAAGACGUUUCGUGUCACGUCCACCUCCAGGGGGUGGAAGAUUACAUUGCACCAUGCUCAGACACGCCGUGGAACCGGUACCAUGUUAUACGCUAUAUUUGGAGUAUCUAGGUGGUCUAGUGCCUCUUCUAAAGGGCAGAAGGACAAGCAAAAUCAGGCCAGAAUUCGUGAUAUUCGAUCCACAAAACCAAGAUACUCUUCAAGUCGUGGAAGACACGUCACAGUGUCCAUCGUUUAGCGAUGGUUCCGAUACAGAGAAAGACACGGCCGACCUGUGUGGAUCACCCAGGAACAAAAGGAAAAGCAGGAGAAAAAAAGAAGAAAAAUCGAACGAAGAAACCGACGAUCUUACCUACGUGGAUACCUUACCCGAGCACGCGAGGUUGGUCGAAGUAACGUCCAAUAUUUGGGGCACGAAAUUCAAGUUUCACGGUCUGGCGGAUUCGGUGCCCGCCAACUUGGGUCAGGUUACUUAUCGAACGUCGUUGCUCCAUCUACAACCACGACAAAUGACUUUGGUGAUGACGGAGCUGCGAGAUGACGUGCCUGCAGGCCCAGAUCCAACGUUCAACCCGAAUUUGUUCUCCGAAGACGAAGAAGAAUCGUUUCAGGAAUUUCAAGCUGCCUCGAGAAACACGUCCGAAGCGCAGCCUCCUCCAAUCGCACCAAUGACGCCCCGAAACACGCGACUUAAUUCCAAUCGCCCGAAAUCACAAAUUUCCAAUCAAUUUAUGACCAACGAGUCUUUACCAACCGCUUUGUCCAGAGUUGACAAUUUCGAAAACGAGUUACCUUACGUGGACUUACAAGAAAUGGGCAAUCUGUACGAGAACUUGAGAACUGCGUCCACAAACACUUACCGAACUCCACCCAGGCACAAUCCACCGAGAUGUUGCGACGUACCGGCUCUUCAAUCUCCGAAAAAUGCGGUCGCGCCCACGCAGACUAUAAUCGCAACGUCGAACCCGGGUACCGAUUACUCGAAUAACAUUCAGAGGAUGAAAACCGCCCUUGCCGAUCAGCCAGGACUCGUCUCGAAGAAGGAGCUCGAGAAUAACAAAUUUAAUCAGAUUUCUCAGGACGAUAAAACUGUUUUAACGUCUAACUGUCCAUCGACUAUCAUUCCCAUGCCAAUGCACAAUGGACAGGCCUCGAAUACAGAAGCAUCGAGCAGUCAUUCUCAGGGAGGUGUCAUCGUAAAUGGUCUGAGCACAAACAACAGCUGUCCUCCUCAGUCGCAAACAAUAUUUCUUAAUGGACUGCACAAUAUCGCAUGUUCGAGCAACGUGAACGAAACUCAGGGUAAAAAUAACCAUAACGUCAGCAGUUCGACAAACAUUAGUCAAACACCGUAUCAGGCGAACUCGAGCAAUCAACACGGAACGAAUAAUGGUCCUUUGGGCAAGAAUGGUAUACACUUGUCGAGCAAUCAUUCGCCGGCCUGUUCUUAUCAAUUCCCAGAAAACAUCGAUCAAUGUAUCGGACAGUCUUGUUCAUACUGCAUUACGAGAUUAAAAGAUCCCACAAAGUUUCACUCAGAAUCGUGCGGUAAAACAAACGCAAGUCAAUCGAAUACUUGUAAUUCUACGACCGACCGGGUCGAUGAAAUGCGCUUCAUCGACGAAGAGUGUCGCGGCGAAGCAGAAGCGUUCGAUCAGUCGCGAGGAGUUCACAGAACUCAGACGGUUGUCAGUAUCGGUCCACUCUGCGUCAACGACUCUAUAGUCAGAAGUUGCAGUGUCGGUUAUUUGGACAUGGUGGACGCGCAACUGGUCCCUUGCGAUAUCGCCUUAAAAAUGCUUAGAAAAGAGGCACCCAAUAAGAGGUUGGUUUUGGUAUCGAGAAAAACCAAGAGGAGGAAAAAGAAUAAAACUCAACAAGAGAUUGGACAGCAAUCUUCAAAAUCACCGAGACUUCGUAACUGUGGCAAAUCAAAAAGUUUAGACUCUAGUGACAUAUUUCCGCCUAACGAACAAAUAUCAUUGCCACCAAAAUUGCCUGAACACGCUGAAGAGAUUGUAGGCGCUACGAAUAUCGAGACUGUCGAAGACAAAAGUAACAAACCUUUGGAGAAAUUACCAGACGCGACAGAGAUGCCUAGGGAGUGUACAGAAUACGUUACAGCCGCCAGUAUAGUUAAUUCUGCUCAAGUUAAAUCUACACGGUUGAAGAGUUGUAAUUCUCCUGCCAGAGUAUCCAGUCCAAGUGGUUCAUUGGCAUCAUCCUUAGACGGUCUUGCAGCUCGACUUCGAGAUUUCGAUGAAAGUCAUUCUUUGCCACCACCGUCACCUCGUCCAUCCACCAGAUUACCCAGAAGUUCGCCCAGUAGCCCAGCGCCUUCGAAGAAAGGUAAAAGACCAGCAUCUGCUUCGCCAAUUAGAAGAAGACUUUUAUCGAGUCCUUUGUUAAGUAGAAAAGCACGAAAAAGUCGAGGCGAGAGUUCAGACGAGGAAGGACUUUUACAAGACGAUUCGUCAACGAAUUACAGAGAUCUCGAAACGUUUCAAAAAGCACAGUUACGACAAAAGUUAAAGCAGAAAGGAGCAGGGAUAUCUGGUAACAAAUCAGAAGCAGUGCGGCGGGAGCUUGUGAUGCACAAUAAAGCACCUAUGUGGAAUGAAUCCAGUCAAGUAUAUCAGCUUGACUUUGGUGGCAGAGUAACUCAGGAAAGCGCUAAAAACUUUCAAAUAGAAUUCAAAGGGCGACAGGUCAUGCAAUUUGGAAGGAUAGAUGGAAACGCCUAUACAUUGGAUUUUCAAUAUCCUUUCAGCGCGUUACAAGCAUUUGCCGUUGCCUUGGCUAAUGUUACACAACGACUCAAGUAAUCGUUAGUCACCGGUUCGCGUGUGACAUUGUAAAAGCGAAUUCUAAGAAUAUCGCUUGGAACGUAUGCUGUAAUUGCAUAAAUUAUUCGUCCAAAUAAAACCAAAAGAAGAAAGAGAAGAAAAAUGGCGCGAGUGUUAGGAAGGCUAAAAAAAAAAACUGUAACAAUAUGCUACACAUAGUAAAAAAGAGAAUACAAAAGACACUUUUAAAUAUAGCUUUUGAACACGUUAUAGAGCCACAUGUCUUUCUAUUAUUAAGACUACUAGUGACGAACUGGAAUAAAUCAUUAAGUAAACGAACAAGCGUUCAAUCGCGAUACAGAGAUCUUUUUAUGGAAAUCUCAAAGUUGAGGGAAUCUCAUAGCCUUGCAGCGCCUUGUAACGCGACAGAAAAGAUAUAAAGAGAAACUUGAGAAAAAGGAAAAGGAUGAAGGAGAAGGAGAAAUAAAGGGGGAAGUAGAAGAAGAAGAAGAAGAAGAAGAAGAAGAAAAAGGGAAAGGAGAAGCAGAAGAAGAAGGAGAAG